CCUUAAAUUGACUUAGCAGCACCAUCGUUUUAGAGUGUGAAUAACGGGUGCUCUGAGCGUAAGUUUGUAGAUCGCACAGGUUUAGAAUAUUAUUGCCCAAAGGGUAGAAAUUAGGGAGGGGGAAUUGAUAAGAUUUUUCCUGGUCCGAUUCUUCUUUAUGAUUCGGUAUGUUAACGGUUCUUAUAACGAUUCUUAUUUGAGGAAAAAAAGGUAGAUUAGCAUCAAUUUAGUUUGGUUUAGAGGUAACAUGACCUUACAAAGCCUAAAGUGAGCUCUUAAGAGCAUAGGGAUACAAAUGUGAAAAUGAAUAUAAGAAAUCAAUAUUCUUUUGUAGAGUUUAAUAAAAUAAAUCAUGUGAAAAAUACACAAGAAUGUAACAUUUUGUAACAAGUGACAUCAACUUAUUACAAACCACGGUUCCAUAUGAGUUGGGAAAUUGCGUUAGAUGUAAAUAUAAACGGAAUACGAUUCGCAAAUCAUUUUCAACCCAUAUUCAGUUGAAUAUGCUACAAAGACAACAUAUUUGAUGUUCAAACUGAUAAACUUUUUUUUUGUGCAAAUAUUCAUUAACUUUAGAAUUUGAUGCCAGCAACACGUGACAAAGAAGUUGGGAAAGGUGGCAAUAAAUACUUAUAAAGUUGAGGAAUGCUCAUCAAACACUUAUUUGGAACAUCCCACAGGUGUGCAGGCUAAUUGGGAACAGGUGGGUGCCAUAAUUGGGUAUAAAAACAGCUUCCCAAAGAAUGCUCAGUCUUUCACAAGAAAUGAUGGGGUGAGGUACACCCCUUUGUCCACAACUGCGUGAGCAAAUAGUCAAACAGUUUAAGAACAACGUUUCUCAAAGUGCAAUUGCAAGAAAUUUUGGGAUUUCAACAUCUAUGGUCCAUAAUAUGAUCAAAAAGUUCAGAGAAUCUGGAGAUAUCACUCCACGUAAGCGGCAUGGCCGGAAACCAACAUUGAAUGACCGUGACCUUCGAUCCCUCAGAAGGCACUGUAUCAAAAACCGACAUCAAUCUCAAAAGGAUAUCACCACAUGGGCUCAGCUCAGGAACACUUCAGAAAACCUCUGUCACUAAAUACAGUUUGUCGCUACAUCUGUAUGCGAAAGCCAUUUAUCAACAACAUCCAGAAACGCCACCGGCUUCUCUGGACCCGAGAUCAUCUAAGAUGGACUGAUGCAAAGUGGAAAAGUGUUCUGUGGUCUGACGAGUCCACAUUUCAAAUUGUAUUUGGAAACAUUAGACCUUGUGUCAUCCGGAGCAAAGGGGAAGCGAACCAUCCAGACUAAUAGAUUCAGGUGUGGGCCAACCUUGUCUCAAAAUAUUUAGAUUCUCUUAAGUAUCCUUCUUGAAAAUGGCUUUGCAAAUAUAUAUAUAUCUGCCAACUAAUCAACAUUUUGCUCUCCUUCUUUGUGAGUACCGGUGAGUUUUCUGUGGCUUUCUAUGGCUCCGGUGCCACUUCCUGUUUUCGCAACUUGUGAUUGGAUACUCACUUGGGGGUCCCAAGUGAGUAUCCAAUCACAACGUGAGGCCAGCUAGAAGGCCUUACUGACAACAACUUGUGAACUGAUUGGCUAUCGCAAUCGUCUAUCAAGUCUAUGUGUCCGUUCACUUACUGUGCACAGAUGCAUGCAUUGUUGAUUCUAAAGGAUCCGGGGAGAUUUCAUCCAGCAUGGCAACAUAAGAUAGCUGAAUUGUGAUUAGAUAAAAACUCUAACCUCAAAACAGCACUGGAAUGAACAUUAUAUGACAUAAAAAUAAUAUCAAUAAUUUUAGAUAUUUAGGAAAAGUAAAUGAUAAAUUACAUUUAUUUUUAAUUAUGAUCAUGAUUUCUGGUUUUGUUAGGCCAGCAGGGAAGGCCUUGCUGGCCUUGACAGCCUACCACUGGGAUUGAUACACUAGAAGCCGGUUCCGAACAAAAAACGGUUUUCGAUUGCCAUCCCUCAGUGGAAAAUUAUUGACAAAUGUUUAAACUCGUUUUUAUUGUUGCACAUCAUUGUUGUUUUUUUGCAGAAGAUAGUUUUGAAUCGUUUUUUUUUUUACCUGCAGAAAAUUCCUGUUUACUUGUGUAUCGUUGUUUUUUUUUUUUAGAUUUUGUUUUUUUUUACUUGGGCGUGUGUGUUGUCACUCUUAACCAGCAGGUGUCAGUGUUGGUCUCAACAUUAAGACUUUUGGAAUGAUGUAGUGUGUUGAUGGUGUGCCCUCUUAUUCUCCACCUCCAGAUGCUUCCUUGUCCCCCUCCUGCUAGAAGGGAGCAACUUAAUGAGGUCACACUAAACCAACUCAGUGAGCCUGUUUGUCUUGGAGGGUGCAACAAAUUUUUCAGUACGUGAAUAGAAGCUCUCAGGCGACAGGAACAGUCCCCGCCUUAUUCCUCGUGCCAGGUGUGUAUUCAGCUGGAAUAAACACGCAGGCGAAGACGAGCAGGAGCUGGAUGAGGAGGCGCAAAUGGCCCUAAAUCCCAGAAAACAUUUUCUCUUCCCUAGCAUGGAAAGUGCAGCUGAGAAAACACGGCUGGAAAUAAGUAGUGGAAGCAUCCCACGUUCCAGGGCGGCCGGUCGGAGGAGGCAAGAGAGUCCGCAGCUGUCUCUUUGACAGAUGCACGAGGAACGACGCAAGCUCCGCUCAUGUCUACGCUCUAAUCAGUUCUGGAUGUCUCCAAGGGAACAAGAAGAACCAAGGCCUUUAAUUUAAGGUCGCAUGAGCUCAUCACACAGAAGAAAAAAGGAGCGUGAGAAUCCGGGCCAGAACCAAACCAGAUGUGCUUCAUGACACGGCGAUUGUCACUUCAUUUUUGAUCCUCGGGCCGUGCUGUUGCUGGGGAACUUGGCUGAAUUUCACUUGCUACUUAUGAGCCACAAGCGAGCAGAAAUGGACAAAAGAAAGUCUACCAUAUGGCAAUAUCAGGUUCAAAGCCACGGCAAGUUGUUCUCCUGACAAGAAAGGACUAUUUUUUAUGAGAAGAGACAACAUCCCUGCAGCAAACACUUGCUGCGUGCGUCGUUCUAGAGGUCCUGGUCCUCCAUGUGGGCCAGAGAACCUGGACUGGGUCCAACACUGACAUGCAUGGAGAAGGUUGUCUCUUUUGGGGGAUUCUGAGCUGGACCGCAGCUGUGGUUUCUGUACUUUGAAGUGGACCGUUUGCUGGACUUUGAUACCACUCAGCAUCAGGAUCACCUGCAUCUUGAGUCCAGACCCCGGUCAUGCAGUCCCUCACCGAGGAGAUCCAGAGUUUCUCUCGCACGCGUCUGAAGAGGCAGUGCACCCGCGUGACAUCGCUGAGCGGCCGCCGCAUCAUCGAGACCUGGAAAGGCUCGAUGAUGACGGUGGUGGACGACCCGGCCGCACCGGAGAAGAUGCUGGGGUACGUCCCUGACACCUCGUGGGACCUCCAGGUGGGCGUGGUCAAGCCCUACCUGCUGCUAGGUGAGUCCCUUCGCACCCGUUUGUAUGGUUUAUAUAGAAACCUAAUUUUUCUGUGCGUGUGGGCAGGUUCUCAGGACGCUGCGCAUGACUUCAGCACCUUGAGGAAACACAAGGUGUCGCACAUCCUCAACGUGGCAUUUGGCGUGGAGAACGUCUUCCCCGACCUGUUCGUCUACAAGACAGUCAGCAUCCUGGACCAGCCCGACACAGACCUGGUGCCGCACCUUCAGGAAUGUUGUGACUUCAUCCUGCAGGCUCGGGCGGAGAAAGGCGUGGUCUUGGUCCACUGCAACACUGGCAUCUCUCGGGCUCCGGCGGCAGUCAUCGGCUACCUGAUGUCUUGUGACGACCGGUCCUUCGACGAUGCCCUCUCCGUUGUCGCGGCAGCCCGGCCUGCCACCUGCCCCAACCCCGGCUUCUUGAACCAGCUGAGGAAGUACCAGGCGGAGAAGACGGCUGCCAGCAAACACUGAAAACGCUCGAGAAGACGAAGGGAAGAAUUUGAUCUUUUUACGAUGUAAAUGUGUUUGACACCCAGCAUCACCCUCUAGUGGAAGGAGUCCCAAUGAACAAAGAGAGAAAUCAAGGAGUAGCAAACUUUACCAGAAGAGGUCGCUGUUUCUCUCUGUGAAAGAGUCGUUUUGAAUUGAAUUAUGCAGAUUCUUUGUGCAGUUUUUAAAAAUUGAAGUGUUGUUUAGGUGGUGUGUCACUAAAAUUGCCUAUUUUUGUUUUUUGUUAGCACACAGAAGCACCUUCUAGUGCAGGGGUGUCAAACAUAAAACAGGAUUGCAAACAGGUUUUAUCUGGCCCGCGAGAUGAGUUUGCAAGUAUAAAAAUGAGCAGAACCUUUCUGAAUGAAAGAAACUGCUGUUUUAAAUGUGUCCACUAGUUGUUGCAAUAGCAAUUUUUUGGAUCUUUGUAAAUGAUGCUACAUAUGUAAAAAAAAAAUAACAACGACAUGCUGUUAGUGCAUACGUCAAGGAAAAUUAGCAAACUACAUAAUAAACAUUCUGUAAUUUGAUUUUGAUAAUAUUUUUUAUCUUCAUAGAUUGAAAAUUAAUAUCAAUGAGUUGACUGAUGAACAUCAUCACAUAAUUUAUUCAGAAAGUAAAAAAAACGACAAAUGAAAGUAGAAUACUAUUACCCGCUACAUGUAAGUGAAAAAAAAAACAACAACAUUAUGAUUUGUACAUUUUCAGAAUGUGCUUGUUAUUUUUUUAAACAAAGAAAACUAUUUGAAGUUGUCUUUAUUUUUAAGUUAUCGUGCCGUGAUUUUACAAGCCCAGUCGGAAUUAAAUUUUUCUCCGUGUGGCCCGGAUCUAAAAUGAGUUUAACACCCCUGUUCUAGUAGGAGUCCCAAUGAGCAACAGAAGAAAUCAAGGAGUAGCAAACUUUACCACAUGAGGCCGCUGUUUCUCUCUAUGAAAGAGUCGUUUUGAAUUGAAUUAUGCAAAUUCUUCCUGCAAUUUUUGAAAAUGUUUUUUUUUAGCUGGUGUGUCGCUAAUAAUGACGUGUUUUUGUUUUUUGUUGCUGUCAGUCCGUGCAUCUUUUGUGUAUUUUUCUUUGCAAAGCGAUAAAUGAAAUAAAUACAGCAAGAAUGCUCGUCUACAUGUCAAACCUCCAAAAAAAUGUCAUUGUAGAGAUUUUUGUUCACAUCCAUGACGACCCGAAAUAUAUGAGAGGAGAAAUUAUGACAAACUGCAGAAAGACAACAUUACCGUCCAAAUACUUCUGCUCCUAACUCUCCAUCCCAUAAUAUGACCCAGACCACAGGUCCUUCUCCUCCCCCUCGAUAGGCUGCGAUGUGCUCAGACCACCAAGGGCAUCACGAGUGCAGGAUGUCCGCCCCUACGCGGAGGUGACUUGAACCUCCGCUUGACCAUGGGGUCCUUCUGCUCCAGCCUGGACACCAAGGUUCUUGUCGUGAUGACCGCCACGCCACGCAGAGGGUCACCGCCCCGGCCAGCG